AUGCCUCCCUUCGAGAAAUCUAUGGAGCUGAUGCCUUUCAAGCAAAGAAAAUGCCUUGGUUGGUGCUUCUAUUCUAGUCUAUUGUUUUAUUCUAUAGUCAUUUUUUAUGAUAGCUAUAGUCUUCUUGAUAAAUUAUAAUUAUGGUGAUUAAGAUGAUCAUAGCCUAUCAUUAAAGAGCGCAUGAAAAAUGUUGCUCGACUCACCUGGUGUUUUAGUUCAUUCUAACACCCUAUAAUAUAGCUUCUAGUGGCCUAUAAUAAAGUGGUAAUGUUCUUCUGUUAUGCUUUUUCUAGCAACAAGAAAGCAUGAAGUGUUCAGUAUUCGCACCAAAUUCCCAAACAAGUUACCCGUGAGUAAUUUUGCUGCUCUUAACAUUUUGGUAAAAUAUUGCGUCCAAUCAAAUGCUAACAGUUGUCUAUUUGUGUGCUCUAACUGUAAAGGUGAUCGUAGAGCGUUACCUCCGUGAGAAGACCCUUCCCCUAUUGAACAAGACCAAAUUCCUGGUUCCAUUCGAGCUAACCUUGGGUCAGUUCCUCUGUCUACUCAGGUGAGCACUGAUUGAGUGAAAAAGGAUUUGUAUUAUGAGAAAACCAAAGUGGAUUUGCUGACAGUCUGUGUGUGUGUUUAGUGUGUGUGUGUGCGCAUGUGGUUUCCGAGAUUGCGUGUGCAUACGGUAUUGACCAUGUCUUCACGGGACACAUGUGAUAACCCCUCUUCCUAUCCUCUACCUCUCCUCAGGAGUAAGAUUGACCUGGAGUCCACCCAGGCUCUGUACCUGUUGGUGUCGGAGAGGAGCAUGUCCUGCAUGUCGUCCAGUAUGGGAGAGGUCUACUCCCAGUACAGUGACCCGGAUGGCUUCCUUUACAUCACCUACGCCUCACAGGACAUGUUCGGAGGGGACGUGGACGCUAGCCCUCCCUGCUGA